AGCCAUCAGGUAACGCCAUGUUUAUACUGUAGGUAGUUUGUCGCGCGGAGUGUCGGGUAUAUAUGUCGUCCAUUAUUUUUCGUGUAAUGAUAUUUCUUUAUUUACCUAUGUAGUGUAACGCGAUUAGAGAUUUACAAUCCGCUAGACGCACCUGCACCUCCGUUUGAUGCGACGAGUUACGGUGCCGUGCGCGUAUGUGUUUCGUCUUUUGGUGUCGCGUGUAGACGAACUACAUCUCUCUCUCGCACGGCGAGCCGCAGCUAGAUGUUCACCUCGCUUCUGCAGAAAUUGUUUACCAGUAGGUUUACACGUUUAGGUAGCCGUGUGACAAUACACGAAACGUGUUAUUUAUCCUAAAAUCGCAAUUUGUUUAACGGCAGUUUAACGCACUGCGAUUUAGCGAACACACGCUAUGCCACGGUUAGUGUGAGCAUUUGCGUGUUUUAUAACCUGACAACACGAUCGAGUUCUUCGUCCUGUGUAUCUUUAUCAUGUCGCUGUAUCUUUGACGAAACAUUCAGGUGGUUGAAUCAGCGACCAUUGUUUAGAUCGAAUCACCGACCAUUGUUUAGAUCGAAUCACCGACCAUUGUUUAGAUCGAAUCGUCAAUAAAUGAACAUGUUUGCGCGAAUGUGUUAAAAUGCACUAAAUGACUAAAUUUACUAAUGACUAAAUUUGCAUCUUCUUGUACUUGAAAAUUAAGGUGUGUCUCUGGAAACAUAUACUUAAUUAAAGGAUAUCAAGAUGUGGCCGACACAAAGUAACAAUUCUAAUACAAACUCUGCAUCAAAUGAAAAGAACUUGCGUACUUUGGGCAUGACAUCCGCUAUCAGUGUAGCUGAGCCAAAGCCCCUCGAUAUCACUAGAACCAACGAAUUGAAAGAGGCCCUCAAACCCUACAAUGUUUUUGAAUCUGAAGAAGAGUUGAAUCAUAGGAUGGAGAUUUUAAGUAAAUUGAAUGCAUUGGUUAAACAAUGGAUAAGGGAUACAAGUAUAGCUAGAAACAUGCCGCCCAAUGUGGCUGAACAAGUUGGUGGUAAAAUAUAUACAUUUGGCUCAUAUAGGCUAGGAGUACAUCACAAAGGCGCUGAUAUCGAUGCGCUGUGUGUUGUACCACGUCACAUAUAUAGACAAGAUUACUUUACAUCUUUUUUUGAAUUGCUGAAAAUGCAAGAGGAAGUUACAGAUUUAAGAUCAGUGGAAGAAGCCUUUGUACCAGUCAUUAAAAUGAAUUUUGAUGGCAUAGAAAUUGAUAUGCUGUUUGCAAAAUUAACCCUUAAAGAAAUUCCAGAUUCAAUGGACCUCAAGGAUGACAUGCUACUCAAGAAUCUUGAUCAAAAGUGUGUCCGCAGUCUUAAUGGUUGCAGAGUAACUGAUGAAAUAUUGCGCUUAGUACCUAAUAUAGAAAAUUUCAGACUAGCCCUUAGAGCCAUAAAAUUAUGGGCAAAACGGCAUGGCAUAUAUAGCAAUGUGUUAGGUUAUCUUGGCGGUGUGUCCUGGGCGAUGUUAGUCGCUCGAACAUGCCAACUUUAUCCCAACGCCGUGGCUGCUACUUUAAUAGAAAAAUUUUUCCUUGUAUUCUCUCAAUGGAAAUGGCCUCAACCAGUACUUUUAAAACAACCUGACAACGUCAAUCUAGGUUAUCCAGUUUGGGAUCCAAGAGUUAAUAUAUCAGAUAGAUAUCAUUUGAUGCCUAUAAUUACACCUGCGUAUCCUCAACAAAACUCCACUUUCAACGUGUCCGUGUCAACCAGAACUAUUAUGCAAGAAGCAUUUGAGAACGGACUAUCCAUAACCGAGGAGAUUAUCAUAGGCAAGGCGACGUGGGACAAAUUGUUUGAGCCGCCAAAUUUUUUUAGUAAAUACAAACACUACAUCGUAUUGUUAGCCAAAAGUUCAACCGCAGAAGAUCAGUUGGAAUGGUGUGGUCUCGUCGAAUCCAAAAUACGGCAUUUGAUAGGUAUGUUGGAAAGAAAUCCUCAUAUUACCUUGGCGCACGUUAACCCGGAAGCAUUUCCACCGUUGGAUCCAGAGCCGGAGAAGCACUGUUCUAUGUGGUUUAUUGGUUUACUAUUUGCUAAGAGCGAGAAUCUCAAUAUUGACCUCACCUAUGAUAUAAAAUCCUUCGUGGAGACAAUUGAAAGGCAAGCGGAGCAGAUAAAUAUGCUGAAAGAGGGAAUGUGGAUAGAGGCUAAACAUGUAAAAAGAAAGGAUUUGCAUACUUAUGUGUCUCCAAGUUUGCUGAAAAAGGAACGAAAGGUUUCCGGUGGUGUGCAUCGGAACGGCAGCAUUGCUGGAAACGGAAAUAGCGGCAGUGUAUCACCUCGAAAUUCAGGCGAUACAACAAGCAGAAAGCGAUUAUCGGAUCAAGGAAUCGAUGCGUGUGGGAAGAAACGACGAGUCAACGAUGUGGAGGAACAAGUGGAGAACUCGUCAAUAGUAGUACAAUCUUGUGGCGAAGAUAGUAAUUCCGGUUUUAACUUGGAUGAGUACAAACAAAGCCUAUCAACUACUAAAGAUGAAGGACCCACUAGCACAUCCACAGUAGCGCAGGAGGGAUUCGUUUGCACUUGACCACUGCAAAAUUACUAUCUCACACCAAUCCACAGAUGUUCCUCCGGACCAUCUAGACUGUAAACAUUUCUCACGCAACCAUCUACUGCCCACUGUAAGUCCUUCGUCUCGUUAAUAAACAAAACAGUGUCACGCAAUGGAGGAAGUUAUUUCGGAUGAAGUUUAUCGAAACAGGACUGCGUGUGUACGCGUGUGUACGCGUCGAGUGCAUAUGGACACGCUAUAAGUAAUAGUAUUUGUAAGAACAUCGACAGUCAAUGGGAACAAUUACGCCAAAAGUUAAUGCGAUUGUGCCAGUGUCUGUGAUGUCUUUUAUAUCACAUUUGGGGGUUGUAUAAUAAUUCUUGAGCCGCAUAACCGAAGGAAUUGCUGCCACCUGGGAAUCUUAAGUCUAUUGUCGCUUAAAAAACAAAUUAGUAACUAUACUUUUUAUAUAUUUCCUUUUGUACAUACGUUGUUUACGAUGCCUUUUUUAUUGAUAAUUAUUUGAACAAUGAACUUAAAAGAGAGAGACAUGAUAAUACUUGAUGUAACAUAAUUUUACAUAUCUUACACAUGACGAACAAGAAUAGUUUGGUCGAAAAUUACACGCAUAGAGACGUCGGUGUCUACGAGUGUCUCCCCGUGUUACAAAAAAAAGAAAAAAAAAUAAGUAAAAAUAUAUUCUUAUAUAAAGUGCAUUUCCGUAAUGCACGCUGCGAAAUAUGGUUCGAGAGUGUAUCGUUUAGUUUCUAAGUAGCUCGUAUACUUUAUUACUCAUAUUAGUCACACAUGUUGUGAUCUGUCCCCUUCGGGACUUUGCAAACAGUACUAUAUCGUCGGUGUCUCAACACGCGCUACUGUUUGUAUUAAAUGUAAACUAUUAUUUACGCGAUACUUAAUAUUGAUAUUAUUUGUAAGGAUUAGGUGCAACCGUAAUGUAAUUACAUUGCAACAUUCGAGAAUCGCCGACACUGGCACAAGUCCGAAAGUGUUUCAUUCACGGAACGCCAAUGGGAAUGAAACACCUCUAAUUGGCCAUUGACUAUCUUGUCGCGUGAUUAUGUUGCGUAUAAUAGUUUCGUACAGAGCCGUCUUUUUGUUUUGCUCGGAAACAAAGCUAUAGCUUUAACAAACUAGGACGAUUCGGACGACUGAAACCAUCUGUCACCAAUCGGUGAGUUUUUUCAGGUGUACAAUUGCCUUUGCUCCUGAUCCUUGGCUCUGAUCCUUAGUCCCAAUUUCGAUUAUCUUUCUUGAUAUUAUCAUCUCGAUUCACGUGUUAAAGACAUGUCCGCUACAAGGCAUUUGAUGUUCACUCUUUCGUUCAUACUUUUAAAAGGAAAUUUAUUUACUUUUAAAAGAAUACUCCAGUUUAUGUAAAAGUCAGGCACUUGCAAAGUAAUAAAAAAGGUACGAAGACAUGAUUUUAUUUUUGUCAAAUCAGUAUUAAGAAAUGUAGGUAUACCUACCUCUUCCUAUGAUUAUUUUCAAUAGAAUAAAUGAUAUGUUCGUCAACUCGAAAAUGCUCAUAGUAUUACAGAAGUUGCGACUUGAUGAUUAUCGUUGAAAUUUAUCCUAUUUAAAUGUUGAAACGUGCAUAUAUCAAUUUUAUACAACGCACAAUUGAACAGCUACAAGCCGAACAUUAAGCAUAACAUAAAAAUGUUGCGUUAGAACACUUUGUAAGUGCUGUGAUUUCAUGUACAGCGAUUGGAAACCAUUCCGUUACUUAUGUACAUAUUUGUAGAUGUCAGACAACAGGUCACUCUUUCAUGUUUUCCGUUUUUAUCGUUAUUUUAUUUAUUGAUCAGCGCCUGUACUCUGAAAAUUCCUACCGACAUAACUGUCGGUUCGGUACGUAUCGUCGCGAAGUUACUUUAUAAUAUGAUUAUACUCGAGCCGACAGUUUAUCGUUGCAGUCACGUACAAGAUACAGGUCAGAAAGAGCAUGUUUCCCCUUUGUAUACUUAAAAAUAGCAACAGUGCUGCCUUGCUUCCGUCACUCCUUUUCGUAGAUUCACAAUAAUUUCAUGCUCUCAUAUAAGAUUAAAAUAUAUGUAUGUAUACUGUAGCGUGCAAGAAGGACUGGAUGCGCCCGUGAUUCGAUCGUGAACUCUCGUUUUUCACAAACAUCGACGUUAACAUAACGCGACAGUAAUGCAACAUGGUUUUUGAUAAUUACCCACGAAACGGAAUUAUUAUUACGCGUGAAACCGUAGAAUAAUCAUAAAGUUAUUACGUGAUAAUUGGCAUCGUAGGUCUCCUAUGUAGAUUCUAGAGGAGGAGGAGGGGAAAAAGAUGAUAUUUCUAUAAAUAUUUUUAAUAAUUAUUCCUUCAUAUAUUUGAUCAAUAGUGGGAAACCGAGAUUUGAUCUAAAACUCGCAGAUGAAAUUUCAUUUAUUCGUGCGAAAAUAAUUAUUUCGUUCCACGUAUGAGACCAUAUAUAAAAUGAAAUUAUGUAUUAUCGUCUCCGUUUUGUGUCUUUGAUAUUUAUACUCAAAAAUAUCAUAAUUUUAGUGUGUUUUCAAACUUGUUUGUCUGCAAAACAUUCUUUCAAAAGAUUACAUUUUAUGCAAAAAAGAUAUUUGUAUUUUUUUUUUUAUUAUAAUAUUAGUUAUAUACAUAUGUUGCAAUACUUGCAAAAUAUUUUCAGAAUAAAAUAUACCGUAGAUAUUCGUAAAUAUCUCACAAAGCAAUAAUAUAAACAAUACAAGACACGAGAAAUGACUACAAAUGAUAUGAAUAUAUGAAUUUCCAUGGAUAUAUCACGAGACGUAUCGUAUAUUUUAUUCCACAAAUGUUCAAUUAUUUCUUAAGAAAGAAAGAAAAAUAUAUAUUUUGUUUGAAUCCUUUUCCACUAAAUAUGAUUUAGAAAUAAUUGCUGGCGAGAUAGAUGCAUUUCCUUCAAACUUCUCGUCACGUUCUUCUCAAUUUGCUAGCAUAAAUAUACUUCGUGUGCGUGAGGCUCAAAUAUUUAAGAUACAAAAUUCUCACACACCAUCACAAAAGUCAGUUCAUCCGCAUAUAAUUUCAUCUUUGUAGAAAAACAAAAUACAUGUAAAUAUAAAAGUUUCUUAAAUUGAUACAGCUAAUAAUAUUUAGAAUCUUUAUUUGAUGGUGAAAAGAACAUGUCACAUAGAUUGUCUCCGACAAAAUUGAACAGUCAUCCAUUUUGCUAAUCGACUGCGUAAUACUAAUCGUCUUCGUAUUUACUGCAUUCAUAAAUGUACGUAUGAUUACGAAAUUAACAAAAAUUCAACUUCCGGAGAUCCGUAAUCUGUGUUUUCAUUAAGAACGACUAAGUACUACAGCAUAUGAUUCACUGUGCAAUACGUUAUUCUUCUCCUGUUUUAUUUUUUUUUUUUUGCUAAGAUGCAGAGCCAUCUUUUAGGGAACAAUACGGGUUGAUCGAGAACCUCUCGUAGGUUCACAUGUUUUUAAAUGCGACAAAAGAAUGUCAACACCAUUACGAACAAUACGUGAAUUGUGCAUUUGUCUUGUAAAAUAAAUGUUAAUAUUUUUUUUUCAUUCAUACUGGGUAUUUAUGUCAAGCAUGAUCACUGCACCGCGCGUUUCACCAGAUCAUGUUACAGCAGCAUUUUAUUGGGCUCCAUCGCCUCAAAUAAAUGCCAUGACACUCGGAUCUGACAUAGAGAUUUCGUCUCCAUCGUUUGCACGCGUUAAUACAUCCCGUUCUCCUCUGCCAUCGACAUUUAUAUCACAUAAACUCCCGACGAUGUACGACAUAGUCGGUACACCAAGGUUGCAUUCUAAAAACAUCCUUUUUGAGGAAAUUUUACACGAUACUUUAUAGUAUAUGUAACGUGAAUUACAGAUAUUGAGUAAAAUAAAAAAGGAAUGCAGCCUAGAGAGAUCGAUUGUUACUCGCGAAAAGUCAGACAAGUUCAUGCGCGAACUAGAUCGAUUCAUAUUAUCACACACAUUGCCACAUGUGUGUGAAAUAAAAAAGUAUAUUAAUCUAUGUAAGAGAGAGAGAGAGAGAGAGAGAGAGAGAGAGUACAUAUAUUUAUGUUAUCACGUUUUUUAGAUGAACACAUUUUUAGAGUUCUCUCGAUAUCCUCAUGAUGGAGUUUCUAAAUCCUAUUUCUUGACUUGUGAUUUGGUUUUUCAUGAAACUACAAUCGAUUUACGUCGUACAUCGACUAUAAUGUUCAUCCUUUGCAUAUUGUAGCCUUGAAGCUUUGGGAAUUGUACGUUGCACACACUUGCACACACAAACACGCAAGCUGAAACAAGAAUUCAAUGCAAUAAGGGUGAGGAUCGUUAUCUCAAUCAUUAGCUAAAGAAAUAGGACUACCAUCAGAGAUCACGAGCAGUGAACAUCAAUGUUAUCUUGUACGUCGACGUACAUAUCGACGUCUUCUCUCGUUAGUUCGAGACUGUCGCGUAUUCAAUAUAUUCGCACCCUUCUCAGAAACAACUAUAGACAUGUCUGUAGCACAUUCUCGCGUAGCCUCUUCCGUCCUGAAAACCACCACCGUUGGCUGACGUGGUCCCCACAAUUUCAACUUGUAGGGCAAGGAUAUAACGCGAAAACGGACAUACUUGUCUUGUCAUCCACACAAUCUUAUCUUUUAUUCAGUAUGGAGAGAGAGAGAGAGAGAGGGAGAGAAAAAGAAAGAAAGAAAGAGAAAGAAGGAACUAAACGAGAUGAGAAAUACAUUUGAGGAUAAGUCGAGGAUUUAUCUCAUGAGAGGCGCGAAAUCUGCGCGCUCGAAAAACUGUACAGAUCGCUUAGGUUUUUAUGUCACGAAUGUCGAAACGUUGCUGCGAAUCGCUGUGAGGAUUCCUGCGGAUUUUAACGUACAAUGUGUUUCCUUCGGCCGCCUGUACAUAAACAUCCAUUCUGCCCGCGUAUCGGGAGUCACUCCCGAGUUACUCCCGAUUCAUAUCCUUCGCGGAGCAGACGCGACAGUUGAGUUCUGAUCCUUCGAGCGCCGAGUCACGCUGAAACGUCGGUUUUGUAACGAGAAAUCCGCAGGCAAGAGCCUGCGACAGACAGAGAGAAGCGGGCGAUUGCUCUCGAUCGGCUGGAGACACACGUGGGGAAAGUCACCGAGAACACGGUGUGUCCUAGCGAAUCUCAGCUUCGUACGCGACUUGAGAGAUAACAACUGUCCGGUUGAAUUGUGAUACAGACACAUUGCGAGCCACUUGACUUUACGUUUGCGCGCACCUCUCGCUACUUGUUUGUGUGACACUCUCGCGAGCAUUCGCGUGCCGAUUUUCACGAUAUACAUGUCCACGAAAUACACCCUCGAGAUCGUUGUCAGCACCCGCGAUUUCUCCCCGGACGAUUUCACGUGCGAUUUUACUCGUUCUGCAUGUUCCCGCGAAUGUUUCCCGAUGCGUCGCGGGCAUUUGGCUCGCGCGCAUGCCGCUCAAUAUAGAUCGAAGAUGAAUGUUGUGUACACGCGCGCGUAACAAUCACACCGAUUCCGCCGCGCACUCUCUCGCAACUGGCAAUAGCACAAAAGGCAAGGACAUGUAUAAUUUGUAUCCUCAACAGAUGUACACUCUCUGUAUCUUUUCUGAAUAAACAGAAAUAAAUUUUUCUUUUUCCACGUCUCCUCCAGCCAA